GUGGACACACAAGCAGGAAUAUUUCAGAAGGACAUCUAAUGUUAUCCCCGGAUUGUGACAUAAAAGAUAAUGACAGUAGACAGGAUUCUCCAGGAGAUAACCCCAUUACCCCAAUUAUACAUCCAGCUCUAUCAGCUGAUCCCUCUGAUCCUGGGAAAUGUUCUCCUGAUCACUCUGAUAUUGGAGCAUUUGUUACAGCUCUGAGAUUAGAUACAGUGUUUCCAUGUUCUGUAGAUGCCAAAUGUUUUACACAGAACACAAAGCUUAUUACCCAUCAUCCAGCUAAGGCAGGUGAGAGGCCACUGAUAUGUUCUGAGUGUGGGAAAUGUUUUACAAAGAAAUCAGCUCUUGUUACACAUCAGAGAAGUCACUCAGGUGAGAGGCCGUAUUCCUGUUCUGAGUGUGGGAAAUGUUUUACACAGAAAUCAUCUCUUGUUACACAUCAGAGAAGUCACACAGGUGAGACGCCGUGUUCCUGUUCUGAGUGUGGGAAAUGUUUUGCAUGGAAAUCAGAUCUUGUUACACAUCAGAGAAGUCACACAGGUGAGAAGCCAUUUUCAUGUUCUGAGUGUGGGAAAUGUUUCGCAUUUAAAUCAGUUCUUGUUAAACAUCAGAAAAGUCACUCAGGUGAGAAGCCGUUUUCCUGUUCUGAGUGUGGGAAAUGUUUUACACAGAAAUCAGCUCUUGUUACACAUCAGAGAAGUCACACAGGUGAGAAGCCGUUUUCCUGUUCUGAGUGUGGGAAAUGUUUUGCAUGGAAAUCAGAUCUUGUUACACAUCAGAGAAGUCACACAGGUGAGAAGCCAUUUUCAUGUUCUGAGUGUGGGAAAUGUUUCGCAUUUAAAUCAGUUCUUGUUAAACAUCAGAGAAGUCACACAGGUGAGAAGCCGUUUUCCUGUUCUGAGUGUGGGAAAUGUUUUGCAUGGAAAUCACAUCUUGUUACACAUCAGAGAAGUCAUACAGGUGAGAAGCCGUAUUCCUGUUCUGAGUGUGGGAAAUGUUUUACACAGAAAUCAGCUCUUGUUCCACAUCAGAGAAGUCACACAGGUGAGAAGCCGUUUUCCUGUUCUGAGUGUGGGAAAUGUUUUGCAUGGAAAUCAGAUCUUGUUACACAUCAGAGAAGUCACACAGGUGAGAAGCCAUUUUCAUGUUCUGAGUGUGGGAAAUGUUUCGCAUUUAAAUCAGUUCUUGUUAAACAUCAGAAAAGUCACUCAGGUGAGAAGCCGUUUUCCUGUUCUGAGUGUGGGAAAUGUUUUACACGGAAAUCAGAUCUUGUUACACAUCAGAGAAGUCACACAGGUGAGAAGCCAUUUUCAUGUUCUGAGUGUGGGAAAUGUUUCGCAUUUAAAUCAGUUCUUGUUAAACAUCAGAAAAGUCACUCAGGUGAGAAGCCGUUUUCCUGUUCUGAGUGUGGGAAAUGUUUUACACAGAAAUCAGCUCUUGUUACACAUCAGAGAAGUCACACAGGUGAGAAGCCGUUUUCCUGUUCUGAGUGUGGGAAAUGUUUUGCAUGGAAAUCAGAUCUUGUUACACAUCAGAGAAGUCACACAGGUGAGAAGCCAUUUUCAUGUUCUGAGUGUGGGAAAUGUUUCGCAUUUAAAUCAGUUCUUGUUAAACAUCAGAGAAGUCACACAGGUGAGAAGCCGUUUUCCUGUUCUGAGUGUGGGAAAUGUUUUGCAUGGAAAUCACAUCUUGUUACACAUCAGAGAAGUCAUACAGGUGAGAAGCCGUAUUCCUGUUCUGAGUGUGGGAAAUAUUUUACACAGAAAUCAGCUCUUGUUCCACAUCAGAGAAGUCACACAGGUGAGAAGCCGUUUUCCUGUUCUGAGUGUGGGAAAUGUUUUGCACAGAAAUCACAUCUUGCUACACAUCAGAGAAGUCACACAGGUGAGAAGCCAUUUUCAUCCUGUGAGAGAAAUAAAUCCGCUCUUGUUGAACACAUUAGACAUUACCCAAGUACGGAACUAUUUAAAUCUUCUGGAGUAUAAUUAUCACUGUCGUCCAGUGUUCCUCAAGGGUCAAUCCUAUCUCCUAUGCUUUAUAAAAUAUACAUGCUACCACUGGGUGAUAUAAUCAGACGUCAUGGCCUGGUCUACCACUGAUAUGCAGAUGACCUGCUUUUUGCUCCAUGUACUGAGAACCGAAUACCAAUCCUAAAUGGUUGUCUAGCUGAGCGCCAGGGGUGGAUGAUGCCAGUUGGCUGUGACUCAGUCUUUGUGAAACAUAAUAGAAGCUCACCAACAAAGGACAAGACUACAGCUUUACCAACCAUCUGGAUUUACGCUUUGGUGCUCAGAAUUGAAAAUACUGAACAUGUGCUGAAUCUUUGUGUUGUCCUGGUAUGUGGCUGACACAUACAUCAGGUAUCUGCCACAUACAAAUCCUCAUUCUUCCAUCUGUGGACCAUAGCCAGAAUCAAGCUCUUGAUUCCCUCAGAAGUUCAUAGACUACUGCAAUGCCAUCUACCUGGGUCACCCAGCAAAAGAAUUACAGAGCUUGCAGCUAGUACAGAAUGCAGCAGCCAAGCUGUUACCUAACCCGUUCCUGCCACAUAACACCCAUUCUCUACUCCCUUCACCGGCUGCCUGUAAGAUGACAAAUCUAUUUCAUAAUUGGCUAACUGACCUUCCCAGCCCAACAUUACAUGGUCCAAGGUACUAGAAGCAGCUCCUGCCUCCUUACUGCCCUGCUUGCUUGCUUCUACAGAUGAAGGACUGUUACCGACAGUACCAAGAAUCUCCUGUCAUUCAUUUAAGGGUUGAACUUUAGCUUUGCAGCCUUGACCAUGGAACUCACUGCCUUGCACAGUCCAAGAGGCCUGCACUCUAGAGACCUUCACAAGCAGACUGAUGACUGUUACUCACGCUUUUCAUUAAUGUACCUCUAUUUCUCAUACGUCCUAGAGGAUGCUGGGGAUUCCAAAAGGACCAUGGGGUAUAGACGCAUCCGCAGGAGCUUGGGCACACUGUAAAGACUUAAACUGGGUGUGAACUGGCUCCUCCCUCUAUGCCCCUCCUCCAGACCUCAGUUAGACUUUGUGCCCAGGAGUGAUGGAUCACACACUAGGGGAGCUCUACUGAGUUUCUCUGAAAGACUUUAUGUUAGGUUUUUUAUUUUCAGGGAGACCUGCUGGCUACAGGCUCCUGCAGCGUGGGACUGAGGGGAGAGAAGCAGGACCUACUUCUGUGAGUUUCAAGGCUCUGCUUCUCGGCUACUGGACACCAUUAGCUCCAGAGGGUUCGAUCACUUGGUGCGCCUAGCUGCUUGUUCCCGGAGCCACGCCGUCAUUCCCCUCACAGAAGCCAGAAGAAAGAAGCCAUGUCAGUAUGAGAAGAUCAGAAGACUUCAGUGACGGCAGAAGACUUCAGUAACGGAGGUACAGUGAUAGUGCUGCUCUUCAUGCUACCACACACCAAAGGCACUCACAGGGUGCAGGGCGCUGGGGGGGGGGGGGUGGAGCGCCCUGGGCAGCAUGUUACUGGUCUGCUUAAUGUGAACAAUUGGCAAAAAAAAAAAAAAGCAUUUAGGUGCCGAGGCACCGUGGUUCAUCCCCCGCCAGUAUACUUGAAUUAUUUCCCCGACACCGCUUAUACGGGUGUAGGGCGCGCGGGGGGGAGCGCCCUGAGCAGCGAGUCAGUUUUAAAAGUUCUUCCUCGCACUGCCGGGGGCUCCGUAUACAGACCCCCGCAGGCGCGUUAGGCCGUGGUCCCCGUCGGCCACCAUGGGUACAGUGCGCCGGGAGGUGGUGGCGCCCGGGGCAGCAUAGAUAGUUAGAGCUCCCGGGCGCCGCACACGGGGACCCACCAUGAGAGUGGCGGGUGCGCGAUGCGCCGGAACUCCCGCUUCCCGAACGUUGUCUGGGGUGCAGGGCGCGCAGGGGGGGGUCCUGAGCAGCAUGGUGCUGAGUGUGUGUGUGUGUGUGUGUGUG